GGGGAUUGGAACACCUGAAUCACAUGAUAUGGAGGGGAUUGGAACACCUGAAUCACAUGAUAUGGAGGGGAUUGGAACACCUGAAUCACAUGAUAUGGAGGGGAUUGGAACACCUGAAUCACAUGAUUUGGAGGGGAUUGGAACACCUGAAUCACAUGAUUUGGAGGGGAUUGGAACACCUGAAUCACAUGAUAUGGAGGGGAUUGGAGCACCUGAAUCGCAUGAUAUGGAGGGGAUUGGAAUACCUGAGUCGCAUGAUAUGGAGGGGAUUGGAACACCUGAAUCACAUGAUAUGGAGGGGAUUGGAGCACCUGAAUCGCAUGAUAUGGAGGGGAUUGGAAUACCUGAGUCGCAUGAUAUGGAGGGGAUUGGAACACCUGAAUCACAUGAUAUGGAGGGGAUUGGAAAACACCUGAAUCAGAUGAUAUGGGAGGGAUUGGAGCACCUGAAUCAGAUGAUAUGGAGGGGAUUGGAGCACCUGAAUCAGAUGAUAUGGAGGGGAUUGGAGCACCUGAAUCAGAUGAUAUGGAGGGGAUUGGAGCACCUGAAUCAGAUGAUAUGGAGGGGAUUGGAGCACCUGAAUCAGAUGAUAUGGAGGGGAUUGGAGCACCUGAAUCAGAUGAUAUGGAGG